GUUACCUUUCAUAUAGCGGAAAGAGCGAACAAGCUGUAACAAUGUAAAUGUUGUUGCUGCUGAUAAAUCUCGACGACUAAGGACUUGUUAGCGUCAAUUUUUAUACUUAAGCUUCUCUCGUCUCGCUCUUAGUAAUUUGUGUUGCUCUUCCUUUUACUCAUCCGAAGCUGAAUAUCCUUCUUUCUAUCAUAUCUACAUCAUAGUUCUCGCCGCACGUCAACUCGUAAUAUUCUACUCAUUAAUACCUACGCAUAUAAAAGAUAAAUACCGUUGGUACCUACCCAUACUGAGAAUUCAAGAUGGCUUCAAAUCCCCCCGGAGACUGCUGCGUCAAGGGUGUCAAGCACGAGGGCACGCCCACAGGUGCAGACAUCAAGGUAGGCAUACACCAAGCCUACUUGGCUACUCCCGAGCCAUCUACGGCCAAAGACGCUGCUAUCCUGUUUAUUCCCGACGUCAUCGGCAUCUGGCAGAAUAGCAAGCUGAUGGCUGAUCAAUAUGCUGCUAACGGCUACCUUACCCUCAUCAUUGACCCUUUUAAAGGCGACGCCUUAUCUCUGAACCGCCCUGAGGGUUUCGAUUUCGUAUCUUGGCUGUCUAAGGGUUCUACUGGCGACAACCCCCACACCAAGGAGGCUGUCGACCCUAUUAUUGAAGCUGCUAUUAAGUAUCUUACGGUUGAGAGGGGUUUCAAGAAGCUGGGAGCCGUCGGGUACUGCUUCGGAGCAAAGUACGUCGCCCGUCACUACAAGAACGGUAUCCAGGCUGGUUUUAUGGCGCACCCGUCCUUUGUUGAUGAGGAUGAGCUUGCGGGAUUCAAGGCACCGCUAUCUAUCGCGGCUGCUGAGACGGAUCAGAUCUUCCCGGCCGACAAGCGCCACAGGUCUGAAGAGAUCCUAGCUCAGGGCGGACUGCCCUACCAGAUCAACCUGUACUCGCAGGUAGUCCAUGGAUUUUCUGUCCGCUGCGACACCAGUAAAAAGGUUGAGCGCUUCGCUAAGGAGCAGGCCUUCCUGCAGGCUGUGACCUGGUUCGAUAACUGGCUGUUAUGAUCGGAUAACGAAGAGACACCGAUGAAGGGAAGGCUGUGAAGGAACUUCGAGAUAAUCUAGAUAUUCCUUGAUAGUUACCUAUUAACUGAUGCUAAACCUUAACUAUAAUUAUAUUUCAUA